AUGGUUCCUACAUAUCCAUUAGAGAUAAAACCCUUCAAUACAACUUUCGUACAAUCGAAUAUUCUCUUUGAAACGAAUGACCACAACUCUAGUGAUGAUAAUAAGCCUUUUGAUGUUGAAUUCAAUUUGAGACGCCCUUCACUUGGAAAGAAAGAACGUAAAAGCAGUGGAUUACCAUUUCAAGCUAACACGUUCGACUUUGUUCACCUCCAAAAUGCCGCAUUUAAUUUUACCGAGGAACAGUGGCAAAAUAAGGUAAUACCCGAAUUGGUUCGUGUCACUAAGGUUGGUGGAUGGAUUGAAUUGUGUGAAGUAGAUCCAAAGAUCGUUAAUUUACCAACAAAAUUUUCAAAGCUUUAUGAAGCAUACUUAAAAUUUGGUCGAUUGAUAGGAGUAAACUUGGAAAUUGCGCCAUGUCUCGGUGAAAUGUUGAAAUCUUAUUGUGCCGGACAACUUGCUGAUUUUCAUCAUAAAAUACAAACGCUGGUGCAUUAUGAUCAUGGUUCCAGUCGAGUUGGCGUGAUUACCCGGGAGAAUUUCAUACAAUUUUAUCGUCGUACUGUUGGUCCUAUGAUCCUAGAGACAAUUAAUAAUUGUUCGAUGCCGCAGCUGAGUAGUUUCAAAGGAAAAGAGAAAGAAGAUGCGAGCUUAGUAGAAAUUACGAGUGAUGACGGAGCGGUAAUACAAAGCACGACGAUGACUCAGAAAGAAUACAAUGAAAUGUUGGAUAGUGCUGAUGAGGAUUGGAAAAAGAAUGAAUGUUAUAAUGAUAUGCAUAGAUUCUAUGCGAGAAAAUUUGUUUCAAAUGGUCAAACAUAA